CACUCUACCUCUUCCGUCUCUAUGGUCCCUAUCACGGGGUCAGGAGCCGCAGCAGUCGUCCGUCCCGAGUGGAGCAAGAAAGGGAGAGCGGCGCGCCUGCGGAGCCGGAAGUGGCGGCGGUGGCGGCUUCCGGUGUGUGUGUGGGUGGCGGCAGGAGGGGGCGGGGCGUGAGGUGCGGCGGCGCCGGGGCCGGGCGACCACGAAGGAGUUGUGAGGGACGGUCGGACGGUCGCUCGGUGAGUGGAGCCGCCGCCGCCGCCAAAGAAGGGGCAGGAGGAGAAGGAGGAGGAAUAGCAGCGCCAGCCCCCUCCCCGCCGCCGUGCCCCGGGUCUCCUGCGCGGCGCCAUCAUGAAGAAGCAGUUCAACCGCAUGAAGCAGUUGGCCAACCAGACGGUGGGCAGAGCUGAGAAAACUGAAGUCCUCAGUGAAGAUCUGCUACAGAUUGAGCGGCGUCUUGACAACGUGAGGUCUGUCUGCCACUCUUCCUGCAAGCGGCUGGCUAUGUGUUUGCAUGGACAAUGGGGUUCAGAUGCGGAAAAGAGACAUAAAAAGCUCCCGCUCACUGCUUUUGCUCAGAAUAUGCAAGAAGGUGCUCUGCAGCUAAGCGACGAAACUUUGCUGGGGAAAAUGCUGGAGACUUGCGGUGAAGCAGAGAAUAAGCUUGCAAUGGAACUCUCUCACCAUGAGGUGCAGGUUGAAAAAGAUAUUUUAGAACCACUGAACCUACUGACAGAGACGGAAAUCCCCAACAUUCAAAAGCAGAGGAAACAGCUCGCGAAGCUGGUGCUAGAUUGGGAUUCUGCAAGGGCUAGAUGGAACCAGGCCCACAAAACGUCAGCUACGAACUUCCAAGGGCUUCCGUCUAAGAUAGAUUCCCUGAAGGAAGAGAUGGAUGAAGCAGGGAAUAAAGUAGAGCAGUGCAAGGAUCAACUUGCAGCAGACAUGUAUAACUUCAUUUCCAAAGAAGGUGACUACGCCCGACAUUUUGUCUCUUUAUUAGAAGCCCAAGCAGAUUACCAUAGAAAAGCAUUAUCAGUCUUAGAAAAGGUGCUCCCUGAGAUCCAGGCCCAUCAAGACAAAUGGACAGAAAAACCGGCCUUCGGGACUCCCUUGGAGGAGCAUCUCAAGCGUAGCGGCCGAGAAAUUGCCCUCCCGAUUGAGGCAUGUGUGAUGAUGCUCCUGGAGACUGGCAUGAAGGAGGAGGGCUUAUUCCGGAUCGCUGCUGGAGCUUCCAAGCUGAAGAAGCUGAAAGCUGCGCUGGACUGCUCCACCUCACAACUGGAUGAGUUCUACUCAGACCCUCAUGCUGUGGCAGGUGCCCUGAAGUCUUACCUAAGGGAGCUGCCAGAGCCAUUAAUGACCUACGCCCUGUACGAAGAGUGGACGCAAGUUGCAAAUAUACAAGAUCAGGAUAAGAAACUGCAGGACCUAUGGAGGAUUUGUCAGAAACUGCCAAAGCCGAACCUGGCCAACUUCAGGUACUUAAUCAAAUUCCUUGCAAAGCUUGCCCAGUACAGUGAUGUGAACAAGAUGACUCCCAGCAACGUAGCCAUUGUCCUGGGCCCAAACUUGUUGUGGGCCAAGAAUGAAGGCUCCCUUGCAGAAAUGGCAGCAGCAACGUCCGUUCACGUGGUAGCCGUUGUUGAACCCAUAAUCCAGCACGCCAACUGGUUCUUUCCUGAAGAGAUGGAUUUCAAUGUGUCGGGAGCAUUCGUGGGACAGCCUGCUGUGAAUUCGAAUCACCUGUACAUAGGGAAUGACUACGACUCGGGGACGCUGGAGCGGAAGAGACCCGUUAGCAUGGCUGUGAUGGAUGGGGAACUGCUGAGGAAAGAAGGCUAUGGUGUCAAGGUUAUGGACUUCCAGGCGAACCCCCGGAGAGGUGGCACUCUAAAUAGAAAGCACACAGCCCCAGCUUUCCAGCCGCCACUUCCGCCCACUGAGGUUGGCCUGCUGACUCAGGCCACGGCGGAGCAGCACCCACAGGGCCCUGGGGCGGAACCCACCCCCCUGGGUGCUGCCUCUGCCCCCCUUCCUGGCUCAGCAGAGCAGUCCCAAAGCCAAGACACUGAGGACAGCAGCAGUUCAAAACCGAAGGACUCCACACCUUCAACGACUCCUCCGCCCACCAGAAAUGGUGGGCCCGGAAGCGCCGCUCAGGCCCACCAGCAGCCAGCCAGUGGCACCAGCCAGCUCUCAGCCGGGCAGCCACAGGCCACUGGUGGGCCCAGUCCACACGCCAUCAGGCGAGCUGUUAAGAAGCCCGCGCCAGCCCCUCCGAAGCCAGCUAACCCACCCCCCGGGCAGCCAGGAAACCCAGGUGCCAUUCCAGCCCCUCAGCCGCCCUCAGUGUCUCCAAAGUGCCCCACGAGGAGCCCUUCUCCUCCCAGCCAAGGAGGCCCCCAGCCCACCCCUGUCCCGUCCCAGGUCUCUGCCCCUCGGCGGUACUCCAGCAGCCUCUCCCCCAUCCAGGCUCCCAGCCACCCACCCCCACAGCCCCCCACACAAACCGCUACCCCUUCCCUGCAGCCAAAGGCCAGCAGCCCCGGCUCUUCCCCACCUGGCCCCGAGCCUGGCCCCGAGCAGCCCUCGCCCACCUCUCCACCCACCCCAACGCCCCCCGACACCCCGCCUCUGGAGAAGCACAGUGCCGCUGCCACAUCCCCGGCUCCUCAGCCUCCCGCCCAGGAUGCUCCGCCGGCUCAGUCGCCGCCUCAGACGGGCACGUUGCCGAGACCGAGGCCAGUGCCCAAGCCGAGGAACCGGCCCACCAUCCCUCCGCCACCGCACCCUCCUGCUCCUCACCUGGCCGGAGAUGGUCCCCCUUCAACCGCAUCGCGCCUCGUGACUGACUCCAGUUCCAGUGUUCAAGAGCCACUGCGAGGCCUCCCUGCCGUGGAGCUUCCAACAGAGUCGGCGACUUUGCCAAACCAGAGGUCACACAACCACCUUGUGCUCGACGUCGAUCAUGAUACUGAAAGCACUGCUUUGUAAAAGAAAGAAAGCACUCCCUAGACCCCACGGUCUCUGCCCUAGCAGGAACCAAACCGGUCAAGGCUCAACAGUGAUGAGCUUUCAGAAAAUAAACGAUAAAGCAGGGAGAGUAACGCAACCUCUGCUUGUGUCUCCAGGGAAGGACCCUGGCCCGUCAUCAGGAGAAGUUUGUAUGACCUGUGUCUCGACAAAGGUGUCUAAGCUACGGCUGUUGCCGAAAUGUGUAUAGGGAGCUUAAUUGCUGCUGUUAACAGAGAUGGCGUUCGCUGAAAAAUUCCAAGAGAAUCCAAAGCAAUGCAUGUAUAAUGGAAAUACCCUUUUAAAGGCCUCUGUUGAACUCUUCCUCUUAUUCUUUCUGCUCUUGCCAAGGAGAUGGCUCACAAGAGACAUUCCGUCUCUGACAUGCUGCGGACUUGUUAAAGUAUGAACCAAAAAAAGCCACCACUUGUGCUGGCGGGAGGAGUGGCUGCUGGUUCUCAGUCAUUUUCCCCAGGCGGUGGAGAUAUCCCUGUGCCUUGAUGGACUGUUAUACUGUAGAAGGAAACGUACUGUCUCUCUAACCAUUUCAGUGCUACUUUUUCCUUUUUUUAAAAAAAGUAUUGUUAUUCAACCCCAUUGGGUUCCCCCCCCCCACAGUUAUUUGUAUUAACCAUCCCUGCUUUUGAUUUCUGUAACACUCGUAAAAACAGCUGCUGUCAAGCUGAAAACUUUGGAAAAUGUGUAUUUACUUUCAGUUUGUUAUAAAGGAGUUGGAAUUUGAA